AUGGCCGCCAGCCCACCCUGUGCCUCGCGACUCGUAGCCCUGCUUCUCCUGGUGGGCCUCUGCAGCCUCUGGCGCGGUCUCUGCGGCCGGGGAGGCGGCUGCUUCGUCGGGGGCUUCGGCACCUUGCCGGCAGCAAGGCAGAGGUGGGGUCUGGCCCUGGGGGCGGAGUCCAGUGAGAAGGAGGCUGAGGAGAAGCCCCUGUCCUAUUAUGCGGGCAUGCUCACGAACCCACCGAAAGAGGAGGACGAGGAGAAGGACAUGCUCACGCCCACCCUGAAGUUCAUCGGCUACGGCGCUGUAGUCGGCUUUGCCUACCUGGCCGUCUUUGUGGGGCUGAACUCCGGCGGCCCUUGA